CGUUGGGUUGUGAGCAGCAGCAUGAUGAACGCGGCGACGACGAGCAUGGACGCGAUCGCGGCCGUCCGCGGCUACGUCGAGAAGAUCAUCGCCGACGGGCAGCUCGAUGGCAUGAAGGCGCUCAUCCUCGACGGCGAGACGACCAAGAUCAUCAGCAUGGUGCUCAGCCAGUCGCAGAUCCUCGAGAAGCAGGUGUUCCUCGUCGAGCAGCUCGGCGCCAAGACGCACGAGCGCAUGGCGCACCUCAAGGCCGCGGUGCUACUGCGGCCAACGCUGCGCAACCUCGAGCUCCUCAAGCACGAGCUCAAGGCGCCCAAGUACGGCGAGUACCACAUCUUCUUCACCAACAUUACGUCAAGCGACGUCUUGGAGCGGCUCGCCGAGGCCGACGAGCACGAGGUCGUCCAGCAGGUGCACGAGUACUACGCCGACUACAUGGCGAUCAACGAGCACCUCUUCCACUUCAACCUUCACGGCGCCCUUGGUCUGAGCGUCAAGGGCGCCAACCUCGCCAACAUGACGCCAAAGAACGCGGCCAUCUACCAGCGCAGCGUCGACGGGCUCCUCGCGGUCCUCCUCUCGAUGAAGAAGAAGCCGAUCGUGCGUUUUGUCAAGCGCUCGGACGUGGCCGAGAAGCUCGCGCGCGACGUGGCCACGCGCAUGCAGCACGAAGACGGGCUCUUUGACUUUCGCCAGCCCAGCGUCGCGCCCCUCUUGCUGAUUCUGGACCGCAAAGACGACCCUGUGACGCCGCUCCUCUCGCAGUGGACGUACCAGGCCAUGGUCCACGAGCUCCUCGGGCUGUUUGAGAACCGGGUCGACCUCGAGCGCGUGCCAGGAGUCCGCGACGACAUGAAGCAGGUCGUACUGAGCGUGACCUCGGACGCAUUCUUUGCGCAGCACGUGCACGCCAACUUUGGCGAGAUCUGCAUGGCGGUCAAGGACCUCGUCGACGCCUACAAGCGCAGCUCCAAGCAAAACGAAAACAUCGAGUCGAUCGAAGACAUGCAGCGGUUCGUCGACAAGUACGCCGAGUUCCGCGCGCAGUCGGUGACGGUCUCCAAGCACGUGACGCUCAUGGGCGAGCUCAACCGGCUCAUCGAGGUGCAGGGCCUCAUGGACGUGAGCACGCUCGAGCAAGACGUGGCCUGCAACGACGACGCGUCCGGCCAUCUCCGCGAACUCACGCUGCGGCUGCGCAAAGCGGCGAUCGCGCCGGCCAACAAACUCCGCCUCGCUCUGCUCUACGCGCUGCGGUACGAAAGCCCGUCGACGACCAAGGCCGUGCGGGACCUCCUCCUCGAGGCCAACGUGCCCACCGCCCAAGACGCGAUCAGCAGCCUGCUCGCCUACGGUGGCGCGUCCGCUCGCACCGGCGACUUGUUUGGGGACAAGGGUCUCAAAAAGUUUAUCAAAGCCAUGGCGCAGGUCACCCAAGGUCUCCAAGGCGUCCAGUGCGUCCUCACGCAGCACGUGCCGCCGCUGCUCAAGAUGCUCGAGAACCUCUUUGGGAAGGGCGUGCUCCCAGACGCCGAGUAUGGUGGCUUCCAGCCGUCGCCGCCGCUGCCCAAGAAGCUCAAGGACGUGAUCGUCUACGUCCACGGCGGCGUCACGUUUGAAGAGAGCUUGAAAGUGGCCGAGCUCAACACGAAACUCGCUGCGUCCGGUCAGCGCGUCCUCCUCGGCGGUCCCAUGGUGCACAACUCGGAGAGCUUUCUCAAGGAGCUCCUCGAGUCGACCGAAGCGUCGUCAACUGCGACGUCGGUGACGCCGUCGUGGAAGUACGAAGGCAAGCAUCUCUAAUCUUCUUUUGGCAUCGAACGAUCCACUAUUUCAUGUCGACACGGCUGCAGUAUUAUCCGAUGCUGUGUUGGAUAGCUCGGAUAGAGUUAAAUCCAUGGAAAUGGAUAGAAAGAAAUAGGAUACUACCGAGAAGAAACCCAAGUGGAGACGCCGAUGUCCCGGCGUGGACGCCAUCGGCAUUUGCAACGGCGGGCGACGUCGUCGGUCCAGUCGCCCUCUACAUCGCCGACGAGCGCAUCGAGUUCCCACUGCCCGACGCCGUCGUCGCCAAGGAUGCCACCUGCCACGCGACUAACGUCCGUACCGAGUUUGCCGGCGGCUGGGCUGCUCAAGGAGAAGGGCCCUUCUCGGUGCAGUUCUCGCACCUCGCCAUCGACGUUGUUGGCAGGUCGUCUGCUGACGCGCAAGAGACCAUUGAAAGCGUAUGCUUGAUACAUUGACAGUAUAGGUAAGAGUAAGC